GAGGGGGGGUCCUUCAUGCUCAUCUAUGGGUGAGUGUCUACGAAAAGCUUGCCCAUGUCUGGACGCACUAUGGCAGAGGAUUUACGGCCCAAAGCCUCCAGAAGGAGAAAUAGACCGAGGAGAAGCCAGGAGCCGUCCCGACGGCGGGGAGAGGAGGCCAGCCAGUUCGCCGCCAGCCAGUCCGGAGAGCGGCUCCAUGUACACGGCGCUCUGGCCCUUUCAGUCCAGGCACGAGGAUGAGCUGUCGUUCAACGAGGGGGAUCUGUUCAGUGUCAUCAGCCGCAAUGGAGACUGGUGGACCGCACGGAAAAUUGACAAGAACGGAUGCGUCCUGGACAGCGGGAUCGUUCCCAAAAACUACUUGGACCGGGCCGAGUCCCUACGAAUACAGCCGUGGUAUUUUGGGACAAUGAGCCGCCAUGAGGCACAAAGCCACCUAAUGGGAGCAGGAAAUGAUCACGGCGCUUUCCUCAUCCGACGCAGCGCGAAAGAUGACGUUGGAUACGUUCUUUCACUGAGGUCAAGCAGUGGGGUGAAGCAUUACAAGAUCCUACAAGCAGAUGAGAGGGAUUUUUACGUGGAGCAGGGGUUCAAUUUCAGCUCUCUGAUUGACUUGGUGGAGCACUACCGCGCAAACAGCCUGAACAACACCGGCCCACUGGGAACCUCCUGCAAGAGGAAAAAGCCCAGCACUCAAGAUUUGAAUCAUUUUACGGUGGAUGAGUGGGAGCUCCCCAAAGAGGAGUUCACCCUGGAGGAGGAGCUGGGCAGCGGCUACUUCGCCGACGUCUACCGGGGACGCUGGAAAAACCACAUUAAUGUUGCCAUCAAGAUCAUCAAAAGUGAUUCAGAGUUGAACCACAAUGACUUUCAGAGGGAAGUUCAGAUCCUAAAGCAUCUCCGCCAUCGUCACCUCAUCUCUCUGUUUGCCAUCUGCACGGCCUCGGCACCGUACUACAUCAUCACCGAGCUGAUGGAGAAAGGCAACCUGCUCAGCUUCCUCAGAGGUCCAGAAGGGCCAAACCAAGAAGUUGUAUCACUCAUUGACAUGUCAGCCCAAGUGGCUGAUGGGAUGGCAUACUUGGAGGAGCAGAACAGCAUCCACAGAGAUCUGGCGGCUCGAAACGUUCUGGUGGGAGAGGACAACAUCUGUAAGGUGGCCGACUUUGGACUGGCCCGAGUGAUCAAGGAGCCGUUCUACAUCACAGAAGAUAAAAAGAUUCCCUACAAGUGGACCGCUCCUGAGGCCAUCAGCCAUGGGAAGUUCUCCAACAAAUCAGACGUCUGGUCUUUUGGUGUGUUGCUCUAUGAGAUUAUCACCUAUGGCGGCACGCCUUACCCAGCCUUUAGCAACCAGGAAGUGUACCAGAAGGUUACCAACGGGUACAGGAUGCCGGCCCCGACCAAAUGUUCCAAAUCUCUCUACGACAUCAUGUUGAAAUGUUGGAGCUUAGAGCCCGAUGACAGGCCAGACUUCAAGACUCUCAAAGCCAAACUGGACAGCAGCUCUUACGAGUUGGAGAGUGAAUAAUGUUUUUUGGUCUGACUUAACAAACAAAGCAGCAAAUUGUCACAUUAGG